AUGGAAGGUGACGACAAGAUUGGGUUAGCACGCAAAGCAAUGUUACUUUUUCUCAAGAGUCUGCCAGUCAAUUGUCGUUUCAAUAUUAUUCGUUUUGGGUCUCAUUUCUCAGCACUUUUUACUGAUCAAGUGACACGAGAGUAUAAUAAAGAGAAUAUGAGUCAAGCUGAAACCCAGAUCAAGGAUAUGAAGGCCGAUCUUGGUGGCACUGAAUUACUUAUGCCACUGCGUUGGUUAAAGGAAAACAAACCACUUACAAGUGGUGUGAGACAAAUCUUUCUAUUGACAGAUGGAGAAGUUUCCAAUGUUACUGAAGUAACAAAUCUCUGUUGUGAGAUGUCCGAAUACACACGCAUUUUCUCGUUUGGCUUGGGUCAUUCACCAAGUCGUGCUCUUGUCAAAGGUUUAGCUCGUGCUACCAAUGGCUAUUUUAGUUUUAUUGCUCCACAAACAAAUGUGGACAUCUAUGUUGCUGAACAACUUGCUCGUGCUUUACAACCAAGUAUAUCAGAUGUGUACGUCAAAUGGAAUACAAACCAGCAUAUACUUCAUAAAGUACCUGAACAUGCUCCACCCGUAUUUGUUGGCGAUCGAUUACUUUUCUAUGCUUUAUUCGAUGAAACAAUGCCAUUUGAUCAUACAAUAACUGCUGGAUUGUUUACUGACACGCAACAACAACCCAUUGGUUUAGCACAUAUUGAUCAUGUACCAUCAGUACUUAGCUCUCAACUGGUGAUGCAUUUGGCAGCAAAAGCAUUGCUCCGCGAACUUUUAAAUGAUCAGAAAGCUAUAGACAAAGAACUUCUUGUUAAGAUUUCAAAUAAGUAUGGUAUUUUGUGUCCAUAUACCGCAUUUAUUGGUGUUGAAAGACGUUUAAAUGCCAACAGUGAAAGUAACAUUGAUAUGGAACUUCGCGAAGUGCCAAUCAUGAUAAGUAAGACAAGUGGAAAACCAAUCUCUCGAUUCCGUGCAUUUUCGCCUAUGCCUUCUCAAAGACUCCAAACUCUCCGCCAUGAUAUUGAUAGUGUGGUUAGUGUUAUGCAAAGAAACAUGUUUUUGUCGCGAGGUGAACGUCUUGACGAUUUAGAAUAUCAUUGUUCUACCUUGCAGGCUAAUGCAUCUCGAUUUUCCAAAGCAGUAUCACAAGAAAAAGCAUUCAGUGUCAAUAUCGGUUCCAUUUUUCAGCCUGCUAUUAAUUUUGUUUCGUCUCUAUUCACAAAAAAAAGUACCAAAAAUAUUGCUGCCUCUUCUGAUUUGAAACCUGCAUCAUAUUCGACAAAUGACGACGUUGAUCAAUCAUUGAAUAGUUCAAACUCUUCUAACAGUCAAACAUCAAAGAUAAUAUGGCCAGCGGAUGAACAAAAAUUAGUUGAUCGUUUUAUUGAAUUACAACAAUACGAUGGUCUAUGGAUCUUAACAACGGACGAUGUUAAUCAGUUGACAGGAAAAUCUCUCACUAUCUUCUCAUCAUCAAUAAUUGAAAAACUGGAGAAGAAUAUUCAACAAUUGAUAAUAACCACGGUAAUAGUUAUGAUCUUACUUGAAACUCGAUGUCUUACUUUGAAAACACUUUGGCAAGCCUUAUCGAACAAAGCAUAUAAACGUUUGAAAGAAUUACUAGAUGGAGAUGAGUCCAAGAUAGAGCAGCUUAUGAAAGACAUCCGUGAUCAAUAUUAA